GUUUAUUUUAGGCCACCCCGCUUUUACUUUUAAAUUCUGGCCUAUCUAUAACAUCCUGUGAAAUACAUUGCAAAAUUUCCACACGCUUCGUCGGUUAGACGUGGAUGUCGCUGGCCAAUACUGGAUUACCACAUCAAUAAUACAUACAGAAAAAAUGUCCUCUGAUAACUCUGUUCCUUCCUUCACUUAUUCAACGCUUCCGCCGAACUCAUAUACACGAAUGAUUCGUCUUUUGCCAGACGAAAAUAAGAGCGCCCUGAUCCAGUGCGAGCUUUUCAACUAUAAUCUGUCACAAUCAGGCGAUGGAGGGCAUCUUUAUGAGGCGCUUUCCUAUGUUUGGGGAAGCCCAGCCAGAUCUCACUCUAUUAUUGUCAAUGGCUGUAGGUUUUAUGUUACGGAAAGCCUUUACACCGCAUUAUUACAUCUCCGAGACAAUCAGUUAGAGAGAGUACUAUGGAUUGAUGCGAUAAGCAUAAAGCAGCAUGAUGACCAAGAAAAGAGUAAGCAGAUCCCUCUCAUGCGGAAGAUCUAUGCACAAGCCAGACGUGUCGUUGUCUGGCUGGGAGAGGCCCAGGAAUAUGGAGACAAAGCACUUGAGGUACUCGGUUCUCUUGGCAGGAAACAGAAUUCCAGGCCAAUAAAUGAAAAAGACCUUGAGAAAUGUGAGAAGUUACUACAACGGGAUUGGUUUCGCCGUAUCUGGGUAUUACAAGAAGUAGGUGUCGCGCAGUAUAUUUCUAUCAUGUGUGGCUCGGUUCAGAUCAAUGGACAUCUUUUCUGUGAGGGGGUGGAUAAUUUGAAGCCUUCUUCCACACUUAUGGCUAGAAUCAGCCCGGUCUCUUUUCUUAUUAAAGGGGCAAGUUUUCGGUCUCAUGAUGAGCAUCAUUCCACUGCUACACUUUCAAUGGGGGAGCUUGUCAGCAUGUACCGGAACCAUAAUGCAACAAAACAGCAUGAUAAAGUCUAUGCAUUACUAGGCUUAAGUUCAGACUCGAAUAGUGCUGCAUUGAUCCCAGACUAUGAGCUUCCUUGGCAUGAGGUCUUCAGGCAAGUCACACAACAUGUCUUCCCCAGGUGUUCUGUGGAAACAUGGUGUGGGUCAGAAAUAGCUACUAUCAAAGGCAAAGGAAGGAUUUUAGGUUACAUCUAUUCGAUCAGUGACUCUCAAAAGGACAGUCGACAGACUUUCAAGGUUAUUUUCAAUCAAACUUGCCAGAAGCUGGGAUAUCAUGAUAUAUGGGAGACUGAAUGGAGUCUGCAAGCUUCUGGAGAGUUACUUCAAGGUGGUGACAUUAUCUGCCUUCUAGAAGGCCAUUCAAAGCCAAGCAUACUCAGAUUAUGCUCAGAUUACUAUCUGGUAGUAACAUCUGUGGUGAGACCCAAGGAACAGUCACAGCAUGAGAACCACAGCGUGAUAGCUGGUGGAAGCCAUUCUCUAUAUGGCCUUUGUGAUAUUCUUCUAGUUUGGAAGAUACCCCUGUCUGAAGUGAAACAUAAUUUACAGAGUCCAUCAAACCUCAUUGACAUUGCACCAAACUAUCAUGAAGAGGAUUGUGAGGCUGAGCGAAGACAGAAUUACAUAACAUCUAAUAUGGUAGAUGCUGCCAUGAAAAUAUCGGAGUUAGGAUUAUCUGGGAAAGAAGUAUUGGACAAUAUACUAUUCAGAAGCAAUAAAGGAGACGUGGAUACUGAAUGGCUACUUUACGAUAGAGGGGUUUCGAAAGAUCUUAGAGACGCAAUCGAGCAGACUCUGUGGCAAGAAGAGGGACUUCUUUCUUCCGGGGAAGAGGUGCUCGCAGUUGCAGUACAGGAGUCUGGAGUCUGUGGAUAUAUUAUCACACGUAUCCUCACCCAGCGUCUAGGAGACAGCCUACCGGUCUCUGAAGAGAUGGUCAAGGUGGCAGCUGCAAAUCAUGGACGGUAUGGAUAUCAGAUUAUGCAGCAGCUCUUCGAGUAUCGUGGAGACAGUCUACCAGUCUCUGAAGAGGUGGUCAAGACGGCAGCUGCAAAUUGGGAUGGACCUGAGAUCAUGCAGCAGCUCUUCAAGCAUCGUGGAGACAGUCUACCGGUCUCUGAAGCGGUCGAAUAAUGGAAACAGCCUACGUGAAGAUGUUGCAGCACGAAUCCGUUGAAAGCUUACCCCACUUCUCCAUUGCUUAUUUUCGAGUCUCUUUGCAAAAGAAGGGCCUGCGAUGACUAGGGCUUAUCUACAAUUCUCGUUGGUUACGAAGAACAUUCCGGCGCUUUGCAGGUAGUUUUGGAAAUGUGCCAGUUUGCCACCUCAUAUUAUGUCUGGAUAUUACGGGGCUGUAGUUCACUAUUAUGACGUCACUUUGUUGCAGCUUCGUUCGGUCCCGGGCAGCACGAAUCACAUGUAGC